GCAGUAAAUAAAGAUUUAGCAGGCCCAAAUCUGGAUGCUAGAUUAACUCCCAACAGCCAAACUCAAUGUGGGACACUACUGAACGUAACAGUGUUGUAAAUUACAGUGACAGUUAAGUAGGUUGAGGUGCGUCAGAAAGCAGAAACGCAACAGACGACACACCACAUCCUACAAAGUUGUCGCAAGAUAAUAGCUUACUUAACGCUAGCUAGUGAAAUAGCCAGCUACAAUGCUUUCCAUCACAGCCGCUGUCAUCAAGAGCAGCCGUGUCGUCCAGUGCGUAAGGCUGCUACACACCUCUCCUGUCGUCAAAAUGCCAAUUCAGAUUGGUGAACAUCUCCCCGCAGUGGAGGUCCAGGAGGGAGAGCCAGGAAAUAAGGUGGCAAUGGAUCAACUCUUCAAGGGGAAGAAGGGAGUCCUCUUCGCUGUACCUGGAGCUUUUACCCCUGGUUGUUCCAAGACUCACCUCCCAGGUUUUGUGCAGCAGGCUGAAGACUUAAAGAGUAAAGGUAUACAGGAGGUUGCUUGCAUUUCUGUCAAUGACGCAUUUGUCAUGGCUGCCUGGGGAAAGGAGCAUGGAACAGAUGGCAAGGUUCGAAUGCUGGCUGAUCCUACUGGAGCUUUUACAAAGGCAGUUGACCUGUUACUUGACAGUGAUCAGAUUGUGCAGGUACUUGGGAACAAGCGAUCCAAGAGAUAUGCUAUGUUGGUGGAAGAUGGAGUUGUGAAGAUGAUCAAUGUGGAGCCUGAUGGCACCGGGCUGACCUGCAGCCUGGCUUCCAAUGUUCUGUCUGAUCUGUAGGCUUAUUUAGAGCUUAAUAAACCAAACUGCAACACUGAGUUACUUUAAGUUGCACUAACAAAGCCCAGUACCAACCUUUUCAAGCUUCCUCCUUUUCCCAAAGACGGAUGCAAAUGUCAAAAACAGAGUUGAAAGGUAAUUAAUGCGCACAACUAUGACAUGAAUGGCAGUCCAAAGGAACUUCAUCAUCCUCUGUAUAGUAUUACUUGUAAGUAAAUAAAAUUUCCCCUGAAAGCAAUAAUCACUGUUUUCCUGCAUUGCUCAUAGUGUAUGUUAUUUAGCAUGUGUUAAUAAAAUAUCCCACAGCUUUGAUCUUCUUAUAAUGAACGAUGCAAGAGACCAAAAUGCUCAGUACCAUAAUGUUUUCAUGUUAUGAUUUACAGUACUUUUCCCUUCUUUGAGAGCACACACAGCAAGGUGCAGAUCUGUGUAAGCUUCAAUGUAAGUCCAUAAAAAUUAAAACACUGUACAACUCUU